GCCUGCGCCAGGCGGCCGGGACAGUGCGAGGAAAGGGCAGAGAGUAAAUGGGAAAAGGUGGUUCACCUCCCGAGUGACUUGUUUUUCAAAAGAAAGGGAGGCUACGCGUUAAUUAAAUCCGUUUCCCCACCGUGGAGACUGGAGAAUCUGCCAUUUAGUCUGUCUUCAUAACCGAUACUUCUACCCUCAUUUCACUUGUGCGUUGUUCUGACAGCCGCGCGCGCCGUGCCGCCCUGGACAUAUUCUAGUCUCGUUGAGUCUCUCUGAGUUGCUGUGCGCGCAGCUUUGCUUUUUACAAAGCAUCCAAUUUAAAAUUUCUCCCUCCGCGGGUAAAGAGAGACGCAACACUUUUCCUCUGGCUUUCGAAUUAAGCUCAUUGGGAAGAAGCCGUUUAGAGAAAAAGGACGGUGCAUCAACACGGUGUUGUAAAUGCGCUUUUUGUAAUUUUCAGUCGGCAAGUUAAACCAGGCGAGGAAGUUUUUCUGUGGAAAAAAAAGUGGAAGAAAAACAACCGGCUGCAUGAAGGUGGCUGUAAACUGGGAGAGGAGGAUCCCCACUACUAGGACGAGCAGCUUUGGAAGUACAGAAGGGAAUAACACAACUUAUCAGCAGACCAGUGCCAUUCACCUUGUAGACCGCUCAACAAGUUGGUGGAGUCCAACGACACUUCACUCUCACUGUCUGACUCACUCUCUCUGCCUUCAUCCUUUAUCUUCCUCUGUCUUUCUUUCUCUGUGUGUGUGUGUCUGUCUUUCUGUCUAUGCAGCUGUACAGCAGCAUGCCUGUAUGUUUGCCACCAGCACAAGCAGAAGCAUUAUGGAAGUGAAAGAGCAACGUCCAUACUGCUCACUCACAAAGAGCCGCAAGAACAAGGAGGGGCCAUAUACUGGUUCAUCAGGGGACAGCGGAGACGGUGCUAUUGGCUCUCAGGGACUACGGGUCCCCACUCAGAAGUCCUACUCCUCAAGUGAAACACUCAAAGCCUUUGAUCAGCACCAAGACCAGACCAGGUUACUGUACGGGACGACCAAGGGACACAAGGACAUGGUUCACCGUGAACAGGAUGAUUAUAACAGACAAGGUCAGCAUUUCAGUCUUCGUCAGCUGGGCAUCUGUGAGCCACCAUCACGUCGUGGCCUGGCAUUCUGCUCUGAGAUGGGCCUCCCCCACCGUGGCUUCUCAGUGGGUACAGCCCAGGACCUAGAUACCGAUAGUCAGGCUGUGAUGUCACCAGAGCAUGCCAUGCGGCUGUGGGGCCGCGGUGGUCUGGGUAAAUCAUCAGGGAGGAGUUCCUGCCUGUCCAGCCGCUCCAACUCAGUUCUGACUCUUACUGACACAGAGCAUGAGAACAAGUCAGACAGCGACAAUGGAUCAGCCCAAGGAUGGCAGUAUGCAGUCCGUCCGUCCGUUUGUCGUGGUCCCCAGAGGAUGAUUCACAGUGUUUGAUCCAUCAUCUUGAUAAUAUGUCC